AUGGAUAUCCCGAUUCAAAGGACGACUUAUAAAGUAUUUGAUCACGACUUCACAAUAGAUAGUAGAUUUCAAGUGAUAAAAGAGAUCGGACGUGGGGGCUAUGGUAUUGUAUGCUCAGCUGAAUACGUUGAACCACCUUAUCAAGGUGUUAGAGUGGCCAUCAAAAAAAUUCCCAAUGUUUUUUCGAAGACAUUAGCUUGUAAAAGAUCAUUGAGGGAAUUAAAAUUAUUGAGGCACUUUAGAGGUCAUAAAAACAUUGUAUAUCUUUUUGAUAGCGACAUAGUUUUCAAUCAUGAUAACUCAUUCAAUGGAUUGUACCUAUAUUGUGAAUUACUUGAUUGCGAUUUACACCAAAUAAUACAAUCAAAACAGCCAUUAACAGACUCGCACUAUCAGUAUUUCAUCUAUCAGAUACUAUGUGCAUUGAAAUACAUUCAUUCUGCAGGUGUGUUACAUCGAGAUUUGAAACCUAAGAAUAUAUUAAUCAAUUCUGAUUGCCAACUAAAAAUUGCUGAUUUCGGAUUUGCUAGAGGAUAUUCACAAGAUCCUGUAGAUAAUAAUCAAUUUCUUACUGAAUAUGUGGCAACCAGAUGGUAUAGAGCACCCGAAAUCAUGUUAGGUUAUAAAGCCUAUUUCACCGCUAUAGAUGUGUGGUCUGUUGGGUGUAUAUUGGCAGAGCUCUUAGGAGGGACAGCUAUGUUUCCAGGAUCUGAUUAUGUCGAUCAACUGAAUCGAAUACUGUAUGUAUUGGGAAGUCCUUCGGUGGACACAUUAAGAAGGAUUGGAUCAAUGAAUGUACAACAGUAUAUUUUGCAACUUGGUGACAUCCAGAAAAUACCAUUUAAGGAAAUUUUUACCAGUGGUAGUAUAUUAGCGAUUGACAUGUUGGAGAAAACAUUAACAUUUGAUCCAGACCAGAGAAUUUCUGUAGAUGACGCAUUAAGACAUCCAUAUCUAUCAGUUUGGCAUGACCAAGAUGAUGAGCCUCAAUGUCCUAGAGGAAUAGACUUCUCAUUUGAAAGAAUUGAUGAUUUAAAUGUAUUAAGAAUGGCGGUAGUCUGUGAAGUGAAUGAUUUUAGACAAUUUGCCAGAGAAGCUAGAGAUGAAGGGGAGGAUCAGAGUCUGAGUAUAGAGUCUAAAUAUGGGGAGGUCCAAAAACAGGAUCUUCCUGCCAGUAAUGUUGGAAAUAAUGUUUUUUUAGAAGGACCUUCGGAUCCUAAUAAUCAGAGGAAUCAAAAGGGUUCAUAUUCUCCAUCAAAUCAGGACCGUAUAAAUCGUGGAUACAUGUGA